AUGUCUCUCAAGGAGACAAUUGCUGAUCCUAGCAGUAUGCAGGAAGUGUGCACAAGUAUGCGCAAAGUUUGUAAUGGGCCUUGCAUGCUCACCAUAGAGUGUUUGUGUCUCAGUGGUAGAGCAUCCGAGUGUGGAAUCCAAUGGAGUCAUGCAAUGCUAAUNGACAAUGAAAUAACUGCUUCUUCGAAACAAAGUAACAGCACGCCAGCCAAGAAUGGUCGACUGAACUACACGUCAGGAUCAUCAUGGUGUGCAGGAGCAAGUGACGCCAACCCAUUUCUACAAAUUGAUCUACAGACACUUCAUAUCAUCUGUGCUGUGUCUACUCAAGGGAAUUCUAAAGGAGAUCAGUGGGUUAAGACUUACAGACUACAAUUAUCCACAGAUGGGACAAAUUGGGCAGACUACAUGGAAGGAGGACAAGUGAAGGUUUUAAGAGGAAAUGAUGAUAGGAACUCAGACAUGAAGCAUGUUGUUUAUCGAGUGUUAACAAGAUAUGUGCGAUUCCUGCCAGAAACGCACCAGGGUGGGGUGUGUAUGAGAACAGAGGUAUUUGGAGUGAAACAAAAGCCAAGUGAGUGUGAAACAUUUAAUGGUGCACGAUUUCGAGAAUAUAUAAAAGCUCAACCUUUUAUCAAAUUGGCCAUUUAGUGACCUAAAAUUGUGUCGUGUUCACCAGGAAUAUGACAUUUUUGUGAAAGGGAUAAAAGAAGAAAAAUUUUCCGAUGUUUUCCUGUCUUUUUUGUCAAAGAAAGUUUUCCAAUUUAAUGACACGUGUUUGUCAGUCAUGUAGUGGGCCAUUAUAUCCACUAACUAUUCCAUUAGUUGAUGUUUUCAUGCCCAAAGCUGUAAAGAGGUAAACAUUUCAAUAAAAUUUUAUGCUAUGAUAUAUAUUGUAAAAUGUGUACCAUUUAUAGUGCUCCCCACUUAACCGUCAACUUAUUUUUUUGUGGUGACCAAAGUUUAAUUUGAGUGGUUGUUGUUUGUGGUUUGUGGUGAGGUGUAGUGUGAACCUCAAAGAAGCAGAGUUAAGAGUCCUGAUGAAACUCUUCUAAUUUGAUAUCUUCCAACUUUAACAUUGUAUAUAUUCAUUUAAGAGACAUUAAUCCAUCUAGAAGAGAAGUAGGGUGAGAUGAGGGAGGAAUGUUCAUAUUUUUGGUCUUAAUGCACAAGUGUACAGUUUAUGUUAGUCAAAAUGCACCAAUUGUAUGACAUUAACUGAUUGCAAAGAAGGUCAACCAAGGUUUUGACAGUAUGGACUAAGCUAAGGAAGGGCUAUAUUAAAAAGGAGGAAGGCCUUUAUUUCCUUAGGGAAAGCUUCUUGAGUGUAGAAAACAUUAUGCACACUGCUAAUGGGGCACAGAACGAUAUGCCAUUAAGGCUUUUAGGUUACAACCCUUGUAAUCAACUAUGCACCGGUAGGUUGAUACUGCUCAGACUUAAGGCCACAUUGAAAGCUCUGAAAGUUGCAUGUAAUUCUGUAUCAUAUUAUUAUAGCGCAACAGUUUAGAGACUUUUGUCUUAUAG